CCGCAGCCAGUACUGAACGCACCUAGAGCAGCGGUACGGUAAGCAAACAGCAGAGUGCAGGCGGGCAAGCAAGCAAGCAGCGAAGGGACAGCCUUUACUCCUGGACUAACUAGUCUACAGUAGGGACAACGACUCACUGCCACACCGCUACUGGAAACUGACGCGGCGGACUACGGUUUUUCUACAAACAAGGUGCGAUUGAACCACCAUGGUAACGACAGCACGCAUAGCACGAAGCCAAGCGUGCACUAGUCAGGUAUACCCUUCUUCCAAGCGUUGAAACCACCUACUACUAGUCGGAAAACCGGCGGCAAAUUCGUUCCAGCAGCUAAGAAGUAGUACCAUGUCUCGCCCUCCGACCCAUUCUCAGGUGUAUCACAUCGCUUACUACUAGUAGUAGUAGUAGUAAACCUUCCUGGUUCGAAGUGGAGCUAGCUGACUGUACAGCCUCACCGUUUACACCAAGCACGGCGGUGCAAGUAAACGAGGGAAACACCAGCAGCAGCCGCAGCAGCAGCAGCAGCAGCAGCAGCAGCAGCAGUAGUAGUAGUAGCGGAAUCAAAGCGGCGCCAUGAGGUCUCCUCGGAGGGUAAUCAUUUCAGACAAUCCAGUGGCAAAAACCGCUCGGUCCACGCGUCAGGCGACUUCCCUCGCGCUCGCCAUGGCUGCCGUCGCGCUCGUCUUCGCUACCCUGGCAUCUCUGACUGCAGUGUCGUCCGCAGCUCCCCUGCCCAUCAACGGCGCGAUUCGCCCCCCAACUCGCGGGCCCUGCUCCACAGCCUUCCAGACUAUCACCAUCACCACCCAAGCCGACUUUAAUCUCCGCACGACCUACUCCAACACCACCACCGUCGUGCUAUACCUCGCCAGCAACAUCACCUUAAACUCCUCCUUAAUCCUCUCCGCCGGGUUCUCCUGCUCCAUAAUCCGCCCGCAUCCCUCCCUCGCCUACAUGCCCUGGCUCUGGUACCCUCGGAUCGACGCGCCGGCUGUACGCGUUUUAGCCGCCACCAACAUGCAGCUUCUCGGGAUCGGGAUUGGGUUUCCGUUCCAGUACACGUCCGCGGGGAUGGUUGCGUGCGGCGGGCUGCCUGAGUUCCCCAGCAGGUGGACGUGCCCCGUGCUGCAUAUCUACCGCGCGUGGGCCGUUACCUUCGCUAAUGGCCGCAUUCACGGGCGCACGGACGUGUAUCGUUCAGGAACGACGGAGUUCAGCUACAUGAAGCUGUGGAACGACUACUACGACAAGGACCUGGUGUACCACAGCUGGAGCACCAUCCGCUUCGCCGCGUGCGGCGACCCCAUCAACCUCAUCCGCUCGCUCAACAAAGUCACCAACUGCGAGAUUCGAGGCUCCUGGACCCCCGUGCUCAUGUACGCUGGAACCGUCGGCACCAUCAUCGCCAACAACCUCAUCACGGACUUCCAGUUCGGCGGCGUGCAGUGCGGGCAGGGCGACGGGAACGUGGCGGACUGCAUGCUCAACACCAUCCAGGACAACAUCAUCACGGCCGAGAGCGCCAUCUACCCCAUCCCCAAUGGGGAUGGCUCCGGGAUCUACUAUGAUCUUCACUGGUACAACCCCGGCAACCUGGACACGUGCAACUACAUCAUCGCGGGCAUGCACUGCUACUACCUCGACUUCGUGACGUCCGGCCUCACCAUCGACGGCGCUGUGUGCAUCCGCAACCACGACGGCGUGAAGAUCAACACGGGGCAUGCCAACAAGAUCAGCAGUGUGAUUAUAGUGAAGCCGCAGUGGCAGUCGGGCAUCAUGAGCUGUCAGAACUGGUGCGACAACAACUGCAACUCCUGGGCGGGGCGCGGGCUCGGCUACAAGUGGUACACCACCUUCGUCUCGCGCUUCGAAACGCCCGGCUGGCGCAAGAACUGGCCGUUCCUCUCCGACAUGUGCACGCGCACGGAGUGGGCUCCCGGCAUCAAGUGCAACCCCACGCCGCCCGUCGAGGCCGCCAAGAACUGGACCGGCUACUGCUCGCAGCACCUGCACUACAACAGCGGGAAGCAGCUCUCCGCGAGCGCCAACGCCACGGCAAACUGCAGCGGCGUUCCGGGAUUAAACCACGUGGAGAUGAUCGUGAUCAACGGGACGCGCAACCGCUGGGAUCCGUAUUAUAUCAACUGCGACGCGCUGCCUUCCGUGCGGCCGACGAAUAACAUCACCACGACGACGGUUAACUACCCCUGGGGUUUCUUCGAUUUCGAUAACCUUACGGCGGAAGAUUUCGGCGUGUCGAAUCUUAGCUCGAGGAUGUACCAGCUUUACCCGAAAUUUAUGACUUGCAGCAGGAGGAGAGCCGGGAUCCAGCGCCAAUCGCGGGCGUUAUCAGCCGCGGCGAGUACUCUUCAGUCGUCGUUCGGAGUUACGCCUGCGCAAUGGUGGCACGACGUAUACGCAUCGGUUCCUUACAAUAAGGAGAUGAGCAACAGGCUUGUAUCGGAGAAGCUUCUGAAGAGGAUAAGCACAAACCAACCGAGGCAGACCCCAGGGCAGAAGGGUAAGAGGACAGGCGACGGCGGUGGUGGGUUUGAGAUGCCGAAGAUUCCGAUUGGUGGACGGAAUGGCGGAGGUGGUGGUAACAAGGGAGGCUGGUCGUUGGGUAACUGGUGGACAAGGAGGAAAACACUUGAAGGUAAAUUUGGUCAUAAUUCUGAAGACGAAAUUGAGGGUGAAGAAGAAGCAGCACCAGGUGAGGAAUCCUUUGAGCAGCAGGAGAAUGAAGCAGAGAGAAGCGGGCAUUAUGACCCUUUCAGUGUGCUUGAUCAUGAUCCGUAUGCUGGUGGAGACGACAAGCUCGCAGGAGAUGCCUUCAACCACCUUUGGAUAUGAGAUCUAAUUUGGUGCACGUUGGAGAUGCAAAUAGGGGUCAUAAGGAAGCACUGUGUGUGUACUUUACGUGUGGUGUAACAUAGAUGGGCAAAGAGUGAAUGUGGGAUCCAAUGAAUGUGAUAAUGGAUUAUUUUUUAGACCCGAAAUAGGAUCAGCUGAGCUUCAAUAUUCGUGUGGAUAGUGUUAUGGGUAAACUUGCUAAGUGGUGCGGAAUGAGAUAUGGUAACAAAGUUGUGAAUAACUG